AUGGCGCAGACGCAGAUCACGCAGCCGCCCAGUAUGGGCAGACGCUGCGGGCACUGCCACAGCACGAGACUUAGCCGGAGCGCCCGCGCGGGCGUCCGUUCACCGCGACUUCACACACCUGUGUCCAACUUGCGCCUGAAUCGAGGGAAGUGCCACUUCUUCCAACGCCACAUCGUCUACCUGGGACAUUUGAUCAGGGAGGCGGGCAUCCAUACAGAUCCGGACAAAGUUGCCGCGAUCCGCGAGCUGAAGCCACCAACUUGCCUAAAGGAGCUCCGGAGGUGCCUUGGGAUUUCAUCCUGGUAUCGCCGUUUUGUUCCAAACUUCGCCGACGUGGUCGAACCCAUGACCGCGUUGCUGAAGAAAGGCCAAAAUUGGGAGUGGACAUCGAGGCAGGAUCACGCUUUUCAGGAGCUGAAGGCGCUACCAACAAAGGCACCGGUCUUGGCCUGUCCGGAUUUCGGCCAGAAGUUCGUUCUACAGACGGAUGCCAGCGAGUACGGAAUAGGAGCCGUACUGACGCAGACCAUCGAGGGACAGGAGAGAGUUGUCGCUUACGCCAGCCGCCGGCUCAACCCGGCCGAGAGGAACUACUCCGUUACGGAGAAGGAGUGCCUCGCCAUCGUCUGGGCAAUCAGGAAGAUGCGAUGCUACCUCGAGGGGUACCGUUUCGACGUGGUGACGGAUCAUCACUCGCUGAAAUGGCUGAAUUCGAGUUGCAGCAGUACCAGUAUGACGUCCAUUACCGGAAAGGGGCCCAAAAUCUUGUGGCCGACGCCCUUUCUCGCCAACCGCUGCCUACCGCGCAGCAAGCACAGGGAGGAGAACGGACAACUCUAUCGCCGCAUUGGUCUUCAGCCAGAAGAGGAGGAGUAUACGCCAUGGAAGCUGUGCGUUGGGUCGGAUUACCGCCAACGCGUCCUCGAGGAAUGCCAUGACCACCCAACCGCCGGACACUUGGGAAUCCGGAAGACUAGUAAUCGCGUGGCUCAGCGUUACUAUUGGCCGGGUUUGUUUCGCGACGUCGCGCGCUAUGUUCGUCACUAUACGAGUUGCCAGAAGUUCAAGGUAAGCCAGGAGAAACCUGCGGGGAUGAUGUUCACCCGCCAGGUCGACGAGCCAUUCCAGGUUCUCUGCGCGGACUUCGUUGGACCGCUUCCCCGAUCUAAGCAAGGCAACACCAUGCUGUUGGUGUUUCUGGAUGCUUUCAGCAAGUGGGUGGAGUUGGUGCCACUCCGGAAAGCCACUGGAGCACAGCUUGAACGCGCUUUUCGGGAACGGAUCCUGAGCAGAGUGCCGAGGACCUUCGUCUGCGACAACGGCACGCAGUUCACAGGGCGAUCUUUUCCGAACUUCUGCAAAUCGCUGGGCAUGGAGCUGCAGCACACGGCGCCGUAUACGCCAAGGCAGAACCCGACGGAGAGAGCCAACAGGACGAUCAAGACGAUGAUCGCCCAGUACCUGGAUGGAGGCCCGCAGAGCACAUGGGACCAGUUGUUGCCGGAAAUCUCCCUGGCCAUCAACAGCAGUAUCUCCGACACAACAGGAUUUAGCCCAGCUUUCCUGACGCAAGGGCGAGAACCGAGGCUGCCACGGACUCUCUACGACGAGCUCACACCAGGACGAGGCACCCCAGAGGUGGCCCCAACGGACCGAAGCCAGCAGCUGAAAGACAUCUUCCGAGUCGUGCGAGACAACGCUGAACGCGCUACGGCGGAUCAGGGCCGACACUAUAAUCUGCGCCGACGGAUUUGGAAGCCGCCUGUAGGAUCUCUAGUGCUGGUGAGACGCCACGCGCUCUCCAACGCUGCUGAAGGAUUCGCCGCCAAACUGGCCGCGAGAUACGAGGACCCUUCCGAGUGGCGAAGUUCCCUUCACCAAACAUCGUCCAGCUACACGUACCCGGCAGCCGUUGACGUCGUACUGCGAGUUUGGGGCAGCUGA